UGUUAGUUAAAAUAAUAAAGAACCGGAAAAAACGUAUCAAGCCCUCAUAUUAACAGACCUGGCUGGACUUCUGGCAUGAGAGAGAAAAUUAUUUCAAAAAAAUUCCCGUUUUAUUUUUUUGUCUAAUAACACAAUAUCAUACAAUUUAUGGCACACUUCAACAAAGUUCAAUGAUAUUAUUUUUAACAAUUUUGUAAAAAGAAGACAGUGGGCGAAAAAGGUGUGAAAUAUUUGCCAAAAACUAAUGUGAACACAACAGUAGCAGUCUCAGUAGUACUAGUGUUAUUAGUUGCAACAAUUGAAGCGUAACGUUAAGAAUAGCAACGGGUCCCGACAGACAAACAGACAAAUCUAUUAAAUAGUAUAACAACAAUGACUACAAAAGAAUUAACUAUGGAGAAAUCAGUUCUAACAGAUAAAAAUAAUACUGCUGUAUAUCAACAGACCACAAAACCAAAAAAGAAACGGAGAGAUAAAAGUGAUUUGGGUCCAGAUUUUGUGGCACCCGAUGGCGGUUGGGGUUGGGUGGUAUGUUUAGCCGCCGGUUUCAGUAAUUUCUCCUUAUUUCCCGCCCUGCAACAAUAUGGUCUCAUUUAUCGAGAUCGCAUGAAAAAUUUGGGUUUUGAUGCCAAACAAACCACCACUAUAGUUAAUGUUGUGAUGGCCAUUUCCUCUUUAACGGGCUUGGUAAAUGGUGCCAUGUUUAGAAGGUUUACUUUUAGACAAGUGGCUUUAGUGGGCAGUCUUUUGGGUUUUGUGGGUAUUUUCCUGUCAGCAUUUUGUGUACAAUUUUGGCAAUAUGUGGUGUGUUUUUCCAGUAUUUAUGGCAUAGGUUUGGGUCUGUGCAUGGCAGCUAGUGCUUUGGCCGUAAAUACCUAUUUCAAAAAUAGCCGUCGUAAGGCUACUGGUUUCUCUUGGACUAUAACCGGUUUGGGUCCCAUUAUAUUCCCUUACUUUUCCACCGUUUUAAUGUACAACUAUGGUGCCCAAGGCUCCAUUUUGGUUUACUCUGCCAUAGCUCUUAAUGCUUUCCUGUGUGCCUUAACUUAUCAGCCUGUUUUACGUCAUGUAAAAAAACCUGAAAAAGAAAAGUUGGCCGAAACUAAUGGCAAUACCUUACCCAAUACCGCUAAUGCCAAUGACAAAGAACAAGCCGAGUUUGAGUGCAAAUAUUGCCAGUAUCAACGCAAGGGAAAACGUAGCAUUUUCUCUUCACAAUAUCUCUUCAAUGAAGAUGAUCCUGAAAGACCUGGCUAUGAAAUUACUGAACCGGCCACACCCAUGUUGGCUAGAGCUAAUGAUGGUUGGUAUGGCUCUAAAAUGUCUUUGGCCUCGGAAAAAGUGCCUCGCUAUAGACCCUCAAAAGUAUUAAAACGCCAAUUGUCCAGACGUGAUGGUGGCGAGGCGGGACAUGAGGAAACUCCAGAAGAGGCUUCUUUAUAUAAACCCAAUUAUUUCAAUCGUGAAAGAGAAGAUGAAGAUCGUUAUGCUAGUAAAACGAGCAUCUAUUCUAAACCCGGUUUUGAUGAAUUCCGCUGUACUUGUGCCGAGGAAAAGGCUUUACUGCAGAAACUAACCGAGGAAGAGAAAAAGCUGGAGGCAGCCAAACUACAAGCGGCCAUAGAAGAAGAUGAACGCAUAAAAAGUAAAAUGACUAUAGGUCAAAAAAUAGUGAAAUUUUUCGAUUUAGAUUUAUUAAAAGAUUUCACCUUUGUCAAUCUGGCCAUGGGCAUGACUAUAAUGAUGUUUGGUGAAAUGAAUUUUUCGGUCUUGACACCCUUUAUCUUAAACAGUUUUGGUUAUUCAGAUGGUCAGAUAUCUCUGGCCAUGUCUCUGUUGGGAGGCAUGGAUAUAACCGUACGUUUUUUGGCUCCUUUUGCUUUGGAAAAAGUAAAAUUGGAUAAUCGUGUUUUAUUUGCCUUUGGCAUUAUAGCCAUUUCUAUAGGUCGUGUUAUAGUAACCAUAACCGAUUCCUAUAAUGUAGUUAUGGCGGUAUUUGUUUUGAUCGGUUUCGGUAAAGGUUUUCGUACGAUUUUCUCACCUUUAAUUAUACCCAGUUAUGUGCCAUUAAAUCGUUUACCAGCCGCCUCCGGUUUACAGCUGAUAUUUAAUUCAAUAUUUUCUUUUGCCUUUGGUCCCAUUUUGGGCAUAAUCACCGAUGUCUAUAGUUAUAGAGUAACUAUACAUUUUAUUAAUGGUCUUACUAGUAUGGCUCUAUUGUUUUGGCUGAGUGAGUCUAUGAUUCGUAAAUGGUUAAAGAAAAGAUCCCAGGGAGCUCAAGUUUAAUUCAAGGCGCAUAAAGAGUUUAGUGUUAAACCUCAAAUAAAGCUUUAAAAGCUGUUACUUACAAAAAUAGAAAACCUGUCUACUUAAAUGUGCUACAAAAUUAUAUUAAGAAGAAAUAUAUAUUUAGACCCUAGAGUCUUCCUUUAUUUAUUGUAAUAUAUAUACAUAUAUAUAAAAUAAGAUUUAGAGAAUUCAGUUAAAAGGCAAUUGUGGUUAAAUGUUGUUUUACAUAUAAAUUAAGUGCAAUAUUUAAAACAAAUCUUUUAACCUUUCUAUACCCGCUUGGGUUCUGUGGGCCCGAAUUUUAACCAAUUAAUUUUUUGAAUUAGUUUUUAUAAGUUAAUUUAUAUAGUUUUCAUUAAACUUUGUAUAGUAUAGCUAGUGCAAUAGUCUUACUCUUUUUGCCAUGGGUAUAGAAAGGUUAAGAAAAACUAUUUGAUUUGAACGGAACACUCCCACUUUUCGUAGUGGAUACAAAAAACCUAAAGGCCUUUUACGUUACAAUUUAUCAAGGGUUUAUAAGAUAUAUUUAUACCCUACAUCACUUUAGUGGGGAGGGUAUAUUGGGUUUGUGCUGAUAUUUGUAAUGCACAAUAAUAUUGGUCCUAUACCCACCUUUAAGUAUACCAAUCGGCUUAUAAUCAUUUUCCGAGCCGAUUUAGCUAUGUCCGUCCGUCUUGUAAUUAAACUACAGGUCGCAUUUUUGAAGAUAAUUCAAUGAAAUUUGGUACAUGCUAUUCUAUUGUCUCAGUGACGAAGCCCAUUGAAAAUGGUUAUGAUCGGUCCAUUAUUUCACCUAACCCCCAUACAACUGAACCCCCGUAAAGGGCUUGUAAAGGUCUUGUAAUCAAAGUACAGGUCGCAAUUUUGAAGAUAAUUCAAUGAAAUUGAUUGCACAUGAUCUUCUAUUGUACUAGAGACGAAUCCUAUUGAAAAUGGGUAACAUCGGUCCAACAUUUGACCUAGGCCCCAUACAACUGAAUCCCCCCGAUUAGGGCUUUUAAGUUCAUAAUUAUGUUCAAUAUACUCGUAUCUCGACAAAAAGCUGCAAAACCAAGUUCUAGUACUACCCUUCAUAACCCUAAUGAAUUUUUUGACCCUAGCCCCUAUACAAAGCCCUCUUCAAAAUAUGACUGAGACAAGAUACAAUUCAACUUAAAUGAUUUAUUAUGAACACUAUAUCAAAAAAUUUUUUAACUAAUGUAGGGUAUUAUAUGGCCGGCUUCGCCCGACUAUAACUUCUUACUUGUUUUAUUUAAAUUUAAUCUAUUAAUCUUUGAUAAAUUGUUAUGAAUAAGAAUGGGUUAAGUCCCAUUUGGCUUAAUAUUAGACUCCGUGCGGGUUCGUAGUGGAAAAUACCGUGACAACUUUUAUAACAAAUAUUUUUACUUAUUAAAGCUCUCACUUAAGCAAAGUUCAAUUAUUAAGUUACUCAGAAAUUUCAAUAAACUGCAGUUAACACAUUUUGCCUUUUAACUAUAUUUGUAUUAAAAAUUUUUAAAUACGUGCAGUUUAACUAAUAUUACUAAAUAUGAGACUUACUUAAAUAGCUAGUUAGUACUAAAAAUAACAACAACAAAUUGUAUAAUAAAAUUUUAAAUAUAUUUUUAUAAAUAAAUGCUUUUUAGAGCAAUAUAUUUUUAUAUUUAUAUAGCAUAUUAUUUAAUAAUAAUAAACAAAAAAACUACAAAAAAAUUUCUAUAGUUUAUAAGUUUGUUAAAUUUAAGAUAAAAUUAUACACCGACAUGAAUAUAUUUUGUAAAAAAAAAAACAAAUUAUUUUAAUGAAUAAAACAAAAAUAAAAAAA